CGCCACUUCGCGCCCGCGGCUCCAGCUCGCCGGUCCCACGCACUCGUGUCGGGACAGACCCUCGCCCACGAGUUCUGCGCAGAGCUGGUAACUCCCACCUCGCUGGAAGCGGAAGACGGAGCAGGUCGCCCCCAGCACGCGGAUCGGAACAUCAGUUAACAUCUGACCACUGCCAGCCCACCCCCUCCCACCUACGUCAGUCACAUCUCUGGGCUCCAGAGACGAAGCGGGUCUUGGGUGCACCAUGAUUUCAGCAUUCUUAGUACUGGCCAUUGGCACCUGCCUUACCAACUCCUUGGUGCCAGAGAAAGAGAAAGACCCCAAGUACUGGCGAGACCAAGCCCAGCAGACCCUGAAACAUGCCCUGGGGCUUCAGAAGCUCAACACCAACGUGGCCAAGAAUGUCAUCAUGUUCCUGGGAGAUGGGAUGGGCGUCUCCACGGUGACAGCCGCCCGCAUUCUCAAGGGCCAGCUCCACCACAACCCUGGGGAGGAGACCAAGCUGGAGAUGGACAAGUUCCCCUUCGUGGCCCUCUCCAAGACGUACAACACCAACGCCCAGGUCCCUGACAGCGCAGGUACUGCCACCGCCUACCUGUGUGGAGUGAAGGCCAAUGAGGGCACCGUGGGGGUGAGUGCGGCCACGGAGCGCACACGGUGCAACACCACCCAGGGGAAUGAGGUCACCUCCAUCCUGCGCUGGGCCAAGGAUGCUGGGAAAUCUGUGGGCAUUGUGACCACCACGAGAGUGAACCACGCCACGCCCAGCGCCGCCUAUGCCCACUCUGCUGACCGGGACUGGUACUCGGACAACGAGAUGCCCCCAGAGGCCCUGAGCCAGGGCUGCAAGGACAUCGCCUACCAGCUCAUGCACAACAUCAGGGACAUCGAUGUGAUCAUGGGAGGUGGCCGCAAGUACAUGUACCCCAAGAAUAGAACCGAUGUGGAGUACGAGAUGGACGAGAAGGCCCGGGGCACGAGGCUGGACGGCCUGAACCUCAUCGACAUCUGGAAGAGCUUCAAACCGAAAAACAAGCACUCCCACUUUGUCUGGAACCGCACCGAGCUCCUGAAACUUGACCUCUACACUGUGGACUACCUCUUGGGCCUCUUCGAGCCGGGUGACAUGCAGUAUGAGCUGAACAGAAACAACGUGACCGACCCGUCGCUCUCCGAGAUGGUGGAGGUGGCCAUCCAAGUCCUGAGGAAGAACCCCAAAGGCUUCUUCUUGCUGGUGGAAGGAGGCAGGAUUGACCAUGGGCACCACGAGGGCAAAGCCAAGCAGGCACUGCACGAGGCAGUGGAGAUGGAUCGGGCGAUCGGGCAGGCGGACAACAUGACCUCUCUGGAAGACACACUGACCGUGGUCACUGCUGACCACUCCCACGUCUUCACCUUCGGCGGGUACACCCCCCGUGGCAACUCGAUCUUUGGUCUGGCCCCCAUGCUGAGCGACACAGACAAGAAGCCCUUCACCGCCAUCCUGUAUGGCAACGGGCCCGGCUACAAGGUGGUGGGCGGAGAGCGAGAGAACGUCUCCAUGGUGGACUACGCUCACAACAACUACCAGGCACAGUCGGCUGUGCCCCUGCGCCACGAGACCCACGGCGGGGAGGACGUGGCUGUCUUCGCCAAGGGACCCAUGGCGCACCUGCUGCACGGCGUGCACGAGCAGAACUACAUCCCUCACGUGAUGGCUUACGCAGCCUGCAUCGGGGCCAACCUCAACCACUGCACCCAGGCCAGCUCGGCAGGCAGCCCUGCCCCAGGGCCCCUGCUGCUCCCGCUGGCCCUGCUCCCCCUGCGCCACCUGUUCUGAGGGCCCAGCGCCUGGGCACUGCGAGCCCACAACAGAUGCCAACGUCCCACUCCUGGUGCUGCCCUCUGCCCGCAGCCCACACCUCAGGGGGCAGGGGCAGGGAGGCGGAGGCCUGUGCAGCCUCUGCAGCUGCCAGAAAGGGGACCCAGGAAACCAAAGUCUGCUGCCACCUCGCUCCUCUCUGGAGUCCUCCAGGGGGCCCAGACCAAUUCCUGCCCCCCCCCCCCCCCCGCCUUUGCUCCCUCCCCGCUGCCCUUUGGCCAACAGGGUAAGUUUCUCUUGGGCAGGCAGAGAGCACAGACUGCAGAAAUUCUCAAAGCAUCUUAUUUUUCUAGCAAACAUACUUCUCCAGACCCAGAGGCCCUGCAGCCUCCACAGAACAUUCCGGACCUGACCCUUCCACUCCUAUCUCCUUCCCUCUGGAACCCACCGGGCCCUACCGUGUUCAUGUCCCUGUCCCCAGGCCCAGCCUGCCCUGCAGGGGAGACCAGUUCUCUCUCAGGACGGGGGUUUGCUCACUCCAGGGCCGCCCAGGGUUCCCAGGAAGCCACCGCAGGGUGGCCCGGGCUGGGAAGAGCAGCCUGGCAGGGCCGACACUCCCUGGCUCUGAACACACAUGCCAGCUCCUCUCUGAAGCGACUCUCCUGUUUGGAACGGCAAAAAAAUUUUCUCUUUUUGGUGGUGGUUAAAAGGAACACAAAACAUUUAAAUAAAACUUUCCAAAUAUU